AUGGAUGCUGAUAGUUUUGACAGAUUGCAAUACAUGGGAGGCUUUGAUGCUGAAGAAGAUCCCACAUCUGGACCAUCUAAAUUUCCCCCUUCGACCCCCGAGCCAGGGCCAGAUGACAUUCCGCUUGUCCCGUUGAACGAGCUAUGGAACGCGAUAUCCAACAGCUGCUAUCAAAACAUAGACAGGACCUGCGAUUUAUUUCAAGAGCUGCAAGAUGCGCUCGCCUCUGGUGAACCACUGUUUUCCGACCCAGCCGCUGCACUCAAUCAAUUCCCAUGCGACGACAUUCUUCUCGAUGAAGACACGGAGUCUAACUUUGGUAUUGAGCUUCUGGACGAUGAAGGCGACAAACCCACCCACUCUAACUCUGUGAAAACCAAGGUAUCCACUGACAGCCCGACUUAUCCUUGGCCAACGAAAGCUCAUUUUCUCACCGUGAUACUAUUCAAUUCUCCAAGGCUUCCCUUUUCUGAUCCACAAAAGAAAGCCAUCCUCGACUGGGCAAAGGAACUCGGUGCCCACGAUGUGCCAUCUUUGUAUGUGCUGAAACAGCGCCAUGAGCAAGUCAAGAAAAUUGUGGGUGACCUGACCAAGAAGGUUGUUUCACCAUUUGGUAAUGUCUUCUAUAUCAACGAUGUUGCAAAGGCCAUUGCGAAGGACUAUGCAAACCCCCUCACACAAUUUGCGAUGCAAGACUUCCCGGAGGACGGUGGCAGCGGAAUGUCACAAGUUUUCCAUGGGGAGAAGAUACUACAUGAACGACCAUCUCCCCCCUCAGUCUGUGUCAAUGGGAACGUUUAUUAUGUCGACGAGCUACUACAAGAUUCGUCUGGAGCGUAUUUUAUACCUGAGCGCUUCUUCCUCACAUCGCCAAGUGUUGCCUCAGGUUCUGGUGGAAGGCCGGCAGACACGAAAGAGCUCUUUGCUCUUGGACACACUGCUGAACAAACUGAAGUUGGUUUUAUUGUCGGCGAUGAAAGGGAGAUCAUACCAACCUCAGCGUUCAGAAGAUCAUAUGAGGAUAUCGCCUUCCGUCAUUCUGAACUCACAUGUGGGUUGACCGAGUCGUCGAAGAAUGUUUUCACAGAAAAAAUCCAAAGUGAGUGGAACAAGCAUUAUGUGAUAUACAUGUCAAAUGCAAACCUUCCAUGUGAAAUGUUGGAUCAAGAGUUCUGUGUAUGGUUCGUCACAUCGUCUCCACAUGCUUCUCCUAUGGAAUUGAUGCAUGGAAUGAAGCAAUCAAUACUGAGUGCCGCUGAGUCAGGUAUAAUCGCUUGGGACUGUCAAGACAAUGAAGAAGUGAUGUUGAUUCCAUAUGGAUUAUUUCAUGCAGGGGACAAUCCUAUGCAGGCAGAGGAGUGUAGCCAGGGAAUGAAGGAGCACAAGGAGUCCAAGCAGGGAUACUGUAGCUUGUUCAAGUCAGGAAACCUUUGCACACCAGAGGGAAUGGUGAACGAAAUCAAAAAUCAGUUCGUGAAUGCAAAGCUGUCUGGUGCAAUGGAAAAGAUGGGCAAGAAGCUUCGCAAGCGAGGUGCUGGUGUUCCCGCAAUGAAAGAGAGCGAGGUCAAGGCUGCUUUGGAGAAGGAACUCAAGGAUCUUCUCAACGGAAAGAACCUGGACGACGUGAUAAACCCACUCUUAGGCAUGAACGGUAUGAAUAUACACUUGGACACGCCAACAGAGAUUCUUCAUACGAUUCUGCUCGGUGUCGUAAAGUACUUCUGGGGACAGACCGUGUAUCUUAUCAAGAAGGCAAAAUUGCUCGACGUCUUUCAAAGUUGCCUGGGUUCAAUCAACCACGACGCACUCAAUGCACCAAGUUUGAAUCCGGAAUAUAUUUGUCGCUACAAAGGUGGACUGAUCGGGAAGCAUUUCAAGAGCUUAGCACAAACUGUGAUAGAUGGAUGGACAACUCUUGGAGAAUUAGUCGUGCUCCUUUGGCACACAAAGAUCGAUCACAUUGAAGUUUACCUGGCGUGGCUCACUCGGACGAUAGAAGACUUCCUCAAUGUCACAGCAAUCUGUGCUCCCAGUAUCCUCAUAACAAAGCCGAAGUUUCAUUUCCUCAUUCACCUCCCAGCAUACAUCCGCCGUUUUGGACCAGCAAUCAUUUUCUCCACCGAGCAUUAUGAAUCAGUUCAACCCAGCCAGCAGGGCCCAAGUCAAGAUACAUAUCAUAGAUUCGUGCAGCUCGACCUUGUCAAGCAUAUCAUCACCGGUGGAUACUGGUAUGAGCAAGAACUACAGAAAUGGGUUUGUGCUGGCCCUUUCGUUUUGAGCUUUCUCUGCGAGCACCCGGCACAAGGAAAAUUACUUGGGAUCAAGUCCAACGAGGACCCUUGUGAGACAAAUGCUACUAGCGGGAAAUCGAGGACUCAGCUCUCAAAUGCAGUGGAUUGGGAGACAACAGCAUGUGCGAAAAUCCCAGCCACUCAGUUGACACAGGCGCACAAACCGGCAUAUUAUCAAGGGGAUGCUUUCAUUUCCAAGCACGGUGACAAAACAUCAUUUCCCCAAUCUAUGCCUCGUAGUAAUAAGCCGAAGGGGCAGUCAACACAAUAUCACUGGUUGAGGAGGUACUAUGCAGGUGUUCAUCAGAUGAUUCAGAGCUUGUGCUCUCAGAACCACUGGAAUUGGAGUCAGAAGAGGUUGGGGGAUCAAAGUAUGAGUGAGAUUCAGCAAGUAGAGUAA